ACCUGAAGUGUUCGUGCUUGUUAAGAAAUUAUAUGUAAAUGAAUAAUUAGUAAAAAUAAAUAGAAAAUACAGAAACUAGCAGUACUACAUAUUUUAAAAAUAACGCACAAAAUAACGCUGUGAUUACACCUUCAGUAUAUCGAGCGCCAUAAAUACACUUAAAUAUAUACACACAAGUACAUACAUUCAUACAUACAUACAUAUGUACGAAUGCUCAUUUCUAGUGCAUUUCUAUUAUUAUUAAGUCAAGAUAGCGCGUCAGUAAAGUGCUAGUAAACAAACGCAUAAAGAAAUAUCUCGCCAUACAUACAGAGACAAUUAAGUAAAAAUAAAAACAAAUUAAAACCAACGAAAUUUAUAUUCACGCCAACGACAAGUUCAAUAUCGCCUAACAUGGGUCUUACACGCAUACUAACCAAAGAUGGUGGCUUCGGUACACAAAUGACAGUGCACGUUGGCAAUGCGGUCGAUGGUGAUCCAUUAUGGAGCGCUAGAUUCAAUGCCACAAAUCCGGCAGCUGUUAUCAAUACUCAUUUGGACUUUUUGCAAAAUGGUGCUGAUAUCAUACUAACAAACACCUAUCAAACUAGUGUGGAAGGCUAUAUCGAAUAUUUGGAUUUGGAUGUGGAGCAGAGCAUUGAAUUGAUAAAGAAAUCCGUACGUCUGGCGCAUAUUGCUAAAGAUAAAUAUUUGGCGGAAUGUGCUGAGGCAAAUUUGCACGUACCUGUAGGUUUGCCUAUGAUUAUCGCGUCAAUUGGUCCAUUUGGCGCGCAUCUGCACGACGGUUCGGAGUACACUGGCGAAUAUGUGGAUCAUGUACCAAUAAAAGAGAUCACCGACUGGCAUCGCGUACGCAUUGAUGCAUGCCUAGCGGCGGGCGUAGAUGCUUUGGCCAUUGAAACAAUACCCUGUCAGGCUGAAGCUGAAGCAUUGGUAGAAAUGUUGUGUGAUGAUUACCCAGGUGUGAAAUUUUGGGUUUCCUACCAGUGUCAAGAUGAAAGUACUUUAGCGCAUGGUGAGAAUUUCGUUGAGGUGGCGCGCUCGCUAUGGGAAUUGCUGAAGGAGCGGGAUGCCCAGGAACGAUGCUUGGCAAUAGGUGUCAAUUGUGUGCAUCCGAAGUUUGUAACACCACUGUUAAAAAGUUUAAAUGGCAAUACACCAGAUGCGGAAAAGAUUCCACUGGUUGUGUACCCCAAUAGCGGUGAGGUCUAUGAUGUUGCCAAGGGUUGGCUGGGCCGCGAACACUGUGUACCGUUGGCGAGUUAUGUGCCCGAAUGGUCGAAAUUGGGCGCGAAAAUUAUUGGUGGCUGCUGUCGCACAUAUGCCCGGGAUGUUCGUCUAAUUUCAGAAAAUGUCGCAGCACAGAAUAAAUUACGGAGAAUAAUUUAGAGCAUCCGCAAGAAGUGUUAUCUCAGAAUACUAAAUAGUUUUAGGUUAAGUGCGUAGAUAAUUACAAUUACAUAUUUACAUAUACAUAUGAUAAAUGAGACUUUUACUAUUUUUUAAUAAAACUACAAAAUCAAAUAGCAUUUAAAUAUA